CUCAGCAGUCUCUGCCUUGCCUAGGCUGGUUUAAGAGACUUCACUUCCCUGUGCUGCCAUAGCAACCAGGAAACAACCUCUGCUCACAAUGAGAAGGAUGGUGCCAUGGCCCAGAUCUGUAGAUGCACAAAGCCGGUAACAGAGCAACAGGACCAAGGGACAACAAGGGCACAGGCAAAGAGAGGAGAGAGGUUGCCCAGAGAGUAGACAAUCCAGAGCUUGAGGAGUCUGAGUUUGCAGUUUAUUUUUUUCUCCCGACAAAGACACACACUGUCUAAACUGUGUGGCUGGUUGUUAUUAAGAAGCUGCUGUACGAAGGAAAAAAUGUAUUUAAUAAAAGGCCCAGUGUUUGUGGUCUUCUAGGGCUCACUGCUGAGCUCAGGAAAUCUUGAGGUGUGACCAGUUUUCAGCCUUCAAAACCAAGAUGAACUGCCCUUGAGAAGGGUGGUCAGGAGGGAAACAUGUUCACGCUCUCUCUACUGAGCCGGGGACAUGGGAAGUUGGUCCAGAAUAAACAGAAGCUAGAAGUCUAUUUUGAACCAGAGGAUUACUUGAACUGGAAGUCCCCAGAAGAUUAUGUCCUGGUCAGCAAACCGCAGGAUGACGGCAUUGCCAACCAGCACACCUGGAGCCUCUUUCUUCCUAAAACAUUCAGUACUAGAAAGGGAGCCCUGAUCCUCUACUCAGAAGGUUUAGCCUUAUCAGCAUGGACACCCGAAGGGAGGAGAAAAGGCCCCUACCGCUCCAAAGGCCACAGGAAGAGGCUGGGUUUUGAACUGCACACACUCCAGGACCUCAAAGAAGCCAUCCUGGCAUACGGAAGGGGACAGAGGGAGCAGGACAGAACCUGGCAACCAUACCUCCACUUCCGAAGCCAACCAGAGAGCCAGGCCCAACGGCAGAUGCAGCCUGGGUAUUCAGCCAAGAGAUACCUCCGAGGCCUCUUGCGGACAUGGCCCCCUGACACAAUGUACAGGCUCCAAUGUGCAGGAUACAUCAAGGAUUCUGUGCUGCUCCAGGACAGUCAACUUAAUGUACCAAAGAAUCUCAGGCCACAACAGGAUCUUUCAGGUGUACCCCCAAAAUACCAUCUCUUGCCUGUCUUCCCUUCAUUUUGGAUUCAACAAGGAAAAUCUUUUGAACAAGGUCAGCAGGGCCUGGAUGAAGGGGAAGCUGGGACUGGUGGAUGCAUGGACGAGGGCUGUGUAGCCAAGAAUCACAGCCAGGGGAUUCACUUGCUGCCACUCAGGAAGCAGCCAUGCCAGGAAGAUGAAACCCAGGCAGAGGACACAUCAAUAGAGAAUCACCCUCGUAUACACACUUCAAAGGAGAGCCACAAUGAAAAAAUACAGCAAACCUCCAGAAGGGCCUUUGGGCAUGCCUGCAUCGAUCAUUCUUGGCUCCUGAGUGACAAAUCCCACAUUACAUUCUAUGGAGGGGCCUUCCCCAAUAGAAAGGCAGAUCUCAGCGACAGACAAGAGAAUAUAAAACUCCACAAGGGCAGAAGCAGCCACUUGUUACAGGAGCCUCCUGCUGAAAGAUGCCUUUUCCCUCCUAUAGCACCUGCCACUGGCUCAGAGAAAAACACAGCUGGGGAAGUGAAGAAGAAAAAGGUGCCAAAGGCUUUGAAACUACCUCCCAUCUCAGAAGAACCACCCAGAGUCCUGAACCCCCUGAGGAGUCCAUUUAAAGCCAAUGAACCUCCAGCAGAACUCUUUAUCUUCCCAGUGGAGAUUCAUUUCCACACCCAACAUCCCUCAAAAGAAAAGUCACACAGAAGAGGUGCUCCACACCCUGAGUCAAGACCAGAAACAGAAGAAAAGGUCAGGGCUUUAUGGAAACCUCCCAUGAAGCAUGCAUCCCUAGAAAAGCCAAGGGAGUUAACAGUGCAUCUCCCAGUGGACACGGGCAGGGACAUGCUCUCACCUCAAGGUGAUGAUGCCCCACCCCAAAAUAUGACCCCACCAAUGUCCCUGAUUAAAGGAAUAAAAAGUCCAGAGAGCCAGAGGGGCCGGGACAGCCCCAGGACAUCAAGCUGCAACAGCUCCACAGGCCCCAUGGACGUGAGAAGGGCCAAGGGGACACUCCCAGCAGAAGGACAAGAAGAUUCCAAAGACCCCACACCGGGACACUUCUUGCUGGGUCCAGAUGGAGAAAACAUCUGCCUAUCCCUCCCCAGGCCUACUGAAACCGAGGAGCCUCUUUCAAGUAAAGCCUAUGAAUCUAUCAAUUCAAAUACCAGCCAUGAAAAGGAGGGGUCUAGUAUUCAACAUCUCCUAAAAGCAAACAAUGAAUCCAGAACCUAUCUUCACACGAAUCGUAAUGAAACCUCACCUUUGACCCAAAAGCCAGAGAGGCAGGGAGCCCAGCAGUCCUUGGAGGCAGCAGCUCAGAAGAGAGGAGAGCCUCAAAGUUGUAUAAAUAAAGGGCUGAUAUGUUCAAACAGAAAAGAAUUUUACACGCGCAAGCUGCACAUCGACAUGACGCCGUUCCUGAAGGAAAAUGGAGAUGAACUGGACUAUCAUGAAGAACCAGGAGGACCCCUCAGAGAAAAUCAUCAAGACACCCAAGACCAGGAGCUGAGGAAUAUGAACCUUGACCCUCCUAGUGCUUCCCUGGAUGAUCACAUCCAGACCUUCGAGUCAGAUACUGUCCAAAAGACUGGCAGAGAUUAUGAUGUACAUCAUCUACAAAGAAGACUCCCAGGACACGAGUCCCUAGAGAGGUUGGGUCCUAAAGACACAUCUCUUCUUCCAAGAGGAAGAGAAGAGAAAACUGAACCAAGAUCAUUCAACCACCAGGCACUAGCCAACAUAAAUGAGAUGGAGUUGAUUGGCAAAGACAAGAGAAAGAAAAGAACCAAGACAGACAAGUCCAAGGCACCCCAAGGGGAGAGAGAAGGAAAGGUCCACAGGAAAGCAGAGGCUUCUGUUGGAAAGUCAAAGGAAUCAAAGACUGAAAAGAAAUCAGGGCUAAUUCCCAAAGAAAGGAAUCCAAGAACCAAAAGGAAAAGGAUACGGAAGGAAAGGAAUCUGGAAAUAGCAGCAGAACUGAGUGGGCCUAAUAUCAUUAACUCUAAGGAAAUAGAAGACACUUCAGAUAGAGGUUUCUCUCCUUCCAGUUCUCUUGUAGAGGACCCUUGGCUUUCCGCCAAGUAUGAUGCUCCGGAGAGCCAAGUGUCCAUAGAUGGAAGAUCAUCACCCGUGCAGACUAUACCUGUCACUAGAAACACGGAAUCUAAAGAAGAAAGAAGCUAUGAUGACCCUUCCAAGACCCUCCUCGCCAAGAGAGAGCAAGAAGCUUCCAGGGACAGGCUGCGAGCAGAGAGGGCUGAGAUGAGACGCUUGGAGGUGGAGAGGAAGAGAAGGGAGCAGGAAGAGCAGAGGCAGCUCUUGCAGGAGCAGCUGGAGAGGGCAGAGAAGAUGAAGGAGGAGCUGGAGCUGGAGCAACGCGCCCGCGCGGAGGAGAUCCGGCUGAGGAAACAGAGACUCGAAGAACAACGGCAGCGGCAGGAGGAGGAGGAAAGGAAGCAGCAGCUUCAGUUGCAAGUGGCCCAGGAGAGACUCCGGCAGCAACAGGACAAGCUCCGGAGGAAACUGCAAGAACUGCAGAGAAAAAAGCAGCAGGAGGAAGCCGAGAGGGCUGAGGCUGAGAAGCAAAGGCAGAGGGAAUUGGAAAUACAGUUAGCAGAAGAACAAAAACGCCUGAUGGAAAUGGCUGAAGAAGAACGGCUAGAGUACCAGCGGAGGAAACAGGAAGCAGAAGAGAAGGCUCAGCAGGAAGCAGAGGAGAGAAGGCAAAGGGAAGAGGAAGCAGCAAGGCUGGCCCUGGAGGAAGCUAUGAAACAGGUGCAGGAACAAGCCAGGCAAAAAGCUGCUUUGAAGAAACAUCUUCAGUUCCACCAAGAACUCUCUAAGGAAGCCAGUGGCCUACAGUGGACACAGAACAUUUCCAGAUCAUGGGUGUUCUCUUACUUCCAAUUCCUACAAAUACCCAAACCUUAAGGCUAGAAGAAACCUUAAAAGUAAGUUGGGAGGUGGUGACAGAAAAAGAGAAACUUCUAUAAUAAAGUUGCAUUUCAUUUGGUUCACCUCAACCCACACCUAGCUUCACUCUAGGACCUCCAUUCCCACCACCCUUCCCCACCACACAUAAUUAACUAAAGUCUUCAUUCACCUAAAUCCAUCAUGUUCUGUAGAACCCCAUAAAUCCAGAAACUGUAGUGCCUAAAACUGCCCAAUAAUUUCAUUUGUUUGAAUUUCAGCAAAUUCAGUUUAACUUCAGUCAGUAAGACACUAACAUCAUCUUAGGAUAGUCAAAGUAUUUGAUUUCACAAUGUGUCUGAAGGAGUUGAUAAAAUGGAAAUUCCAUAAUGCCAAUAAUUCUGAAUAGGUUAAGGAGUUAAUUCAUAUAUACAUACUCUUUAUAAGGCAAAAUCACAUCUAUUUCAGCCUAAACAUCUAAAAUAGGCUGCCUGUUGAAAACAAGGUAAGCACUUGAUAAAUGUUCAUUUGAGUAAAAUUAGCUGUUUUGUGAGGGUAUUCUCACUUCCUCAAAGUAUAGAUUCUAGAGCUGCACUGGUUUGUAAGUAGCCACAUGUAACUAUUUCAAUGUUAAAACAUUCAAUUUUCCAUUCACAAUAGCCACAUUUCAAGUGCUCAAUAGCCACAUGUAGCUACUGGCUACCUUACUGGACAGUACAGAUGUAGAACAUUUCCAUCAUCAUAGAAAGUUCUACGGGACAGCACCAUUCUAGACUCUUGAUAAUUAACAAAUCUUGAGGGUCUGUUUCUGUCCCUUUAAGAUCCAACCACUCACAUAAUUUUCCCAUUUUUAAAAUCAUAUGGACACUAUUAAGGAACAGACUUAAUUUUUAACAUCUCUUUAAAUAUCAAUAAGUAUUUAGUAAGUAUCUGUCAUAGAAUUAUCAUCAAAAGGUACGAAAGAUCAUUACAAGAUCUACAAAAGGAUGUUAGAGCAAGCAGUAUCUGAACCAGAAUUUUCCCACAAAUUUCCUUUGGCCCUACUCUGUAUCUGUGUGCAACUGAAAAAGUAUUUACAGAUGACUCCCUCAAAUUUCUCACCAAUGCUUGUAAAGUAUUUACUCUCUAUAGGAACUGUAUUUCUACAAUCCUGAUGUCAAGCUUAAUUUCAAGUCUGUAUUGCUGACUUGCUGUAUUGCUUUAUGUAAAAAAUAAAUAAAAUGGCCAAAACACUA